AUGCAUGGGAGGGAGAAACCGGAGAACGGGAUCUGCCACGACGACAGCGCGCCGCCGGUGAAGGCGAAGACCAUCGAUGAACUGCACUCCAUGCAGAAGAAGAGGUCGGCGCCGACCACCCCCAUCAAGGACGGCGCGCAGCAGGGCAACGCUGCCUUCGCCACCAUCUCAGAGGAGGAGCGGGGAAACAUCCAGAUUCCUUGCCGGAUACUGGUGGGUCACCGCCGGAUCGAUUUUUCUAAACCUAAAAGGAAACAAUUCUUGAGAACAAGAAUCCUUGAAGCACCUGAACCUCGGUUGAAGAAUCCUCCUGCUGCCGAAGAGCCAAAAAAGAACAAGAAGAUCAUUGUUGAAGAUGAGAUCGAUGUGAAGUAUAAAUCAUUUAAGAAAUUUGAUACUGUUAAAGAACACUCAGAUAACUAUUUCAGCAUCCCAGAGCAUCUCGAUGGUGUUUCGUCUUGUCGGGAAAUUAAGAUCAACUUCUGCACUUGGCAUAAUUCUGCAUAUCUAGAGGAUUCAGAUAUCCAAAACAUGUGCAUCCGUACUACGCCUGAAGAACUGGAGGAUUUCAGUACUCCGGACGUCACAAUUUACAAUGUUGGCCAGUUUCCAUGUAAUCGAUACACACACUACAUGACUACCUCCACCAGCAUUGAUCUUAAUCUUGAUAGGAAAGAAAUGGUCAUCCUUGGCACACAGUAUGCCGGGGAGAUGAAGAAGGGUUUGUUCGGUGUGAUGCACUAUCUAAUGCCUAAAAGAAACAUUCUCUCCCUGAACUCUAGCAACAAUAUGGGCAAAGAUGGUGAUGUUGCCCUCUUCUUUGGACUAUCAGGCACAGGGAAAGCUACUCUAUCUACAGACCACAACAGGCUUCUUAUUGGCGAUGAUGAGCAUUGCUGGAGUGAAAAUGGUAUUUCAAACAUUGAAGGAGGUUGCUAUGCAAAAUGUAUCGGCCUAACAAAGGAGAAGGAACCUGACAUUUGGAAUGCCAUCAAAUUUGGAACCGUGUUGGAAAACAUCAUUUUCGAUGAACACACUAGGGAAGUAGACUACUCUGAUAACUCUAUUACAGAGAACACUCGAGCUUCAUAUACAAUUGAGUAUAUUCCUAAUGCGAAGAUACCGUGUGUUGGUCCGCACCCUAAGAAUGUCAUCCUCUUGGCAUGUGAUGCUUUUGGCGUGCUUCCACUAGUUAGCAAACUUACUUUACCGCAAACAAUGUAUCACUUCAUAAGCGGUUACACUGCUCUGGUG